AAAAUAAACUCGUGUGACCAAAUGCAGAGUGAAUGAAAGUUACCUAGCUGUAGUAGUUCCACAACGACCAUUUUGUCAAUUUCUGAAUCAAGAACCAGGAGGAUGGGAAACAGUGCCUUAAAAGCUCAUUUGGAGACUGCCCAGAAAACAGGGGUGUUCCAAUUAACUGGAAAAGGCCUUUCAGAGUUUCCUGAAGAUCUGCAGAAGUUGGCAAGCAAUCUCAGAACAAUAGAUUUGUCGAACAAUAAGAUUGAGACUCUGCCUCCAUUCGUGGGAAGAUUUUCCGUGCUGAAAAGCCUUGCUCUCAACCACAACAAACUGACUGCCCUGCCUGAAGAGCUGUGCAAGCUGAAAAAACUUGAGGCUUUGCAUCUGAAUAGCAACCACCUGACACAGCUGCCUGCUGCCUUUGGACAGCUUUCAGCACUGAAGACUCUGAGCCUUUCGGGAAACAAGCUCCGAACUGUACCUCCCCAGCUCUGUAGCCUUCGUCAUUUAGAUGUGGUGGAUCUCUCCCGAAAUCAGAUCCAGAGUGUACCAGACACAGUGGGAGAACUGCAGACCAUUGAACUGAACUUAAAUCAGAAUCAGAUUUCACAGAUCUCAGCACAGAUCUCUCAUUGUCCUCGCCUCAAAGUCCUACGUCUGGAAGAGAACUGUUUAGAACUAAGCAUGCUUCCUCAGAGUAUUCUCAGUGAUUCGCAGAUCUCUCUGCUUGCAGCAGAGGGCAAUCUCUUUGAGAUCAAGAAACUCAGAGAGUUAGAUGGGUAUGAUAAGUAUAUGGAGAGAUUCACAGCCACAAAGAAAAAGUUUGCCUGAUGGACAGUCUCAUCUUGUGAAGGAAAAGUUCAUGAAAUGUGGAUCAUACGUGCUGCUAGCCUAUUUGGGGAAGGAAAAAGCAAGGUUUUGACUAAUG